GGCAAGCCACCUGCUCGGAGCCGCCCAAAAGAACAGUCAGCGAUUUGACUUCCCUCCUCCAAUUCCAACCAAAUUUCGAUUUCCCAAUUAAAAAUAUGCUCUAGUCCUCCUCUUCUUCUUCUUCUUCUUCAACCCCUUAAACCAUUUCCAAACCCAAUUACUUUCUCCUCAAGAAUCCCCUUCUCCCAUUAUUUGGGACUAUUCAAGAAUGCAUUUUUAGUCUCCCAUAUUCUUCAUUUGCCCUCAUUCAUCUUCCAUUUUCACGAAGAUGGCUGCUGCAUCCGAAGCUGGCGCCCAACCCAUUGGCCACACCGAGAUUAAUUGGGACAAGCUAGAUAAGACUAAAUUUUAUGUGGUUGGAGCUGGAUUGUUUACAGGGGUCACAGUGGCACUGUACCCAGUUUCUGUUGUGAAAACCAGGCUGCAAGUUGCUACAAGGGAAUCUGUAGAGAAGAAUGCAUUGUCUGUAAUCAAAGGCAUUUGGAAAGCUGAUGGUGUUCCUGGUUUGUAUAGAGGGUUCGGCACGGUUAUAACUGGGGCUGUUCCGACUAGGGUUAUAUUCAUGACUGCUCUCGAGACCACAAAGGUGGCUGCUUUCAAGUUAGUUGAGCCAUUCAAGUUUUCUGAACCGACACAGGCUGCUUUGGCUAAUGGACUGGCUGGGAUGACCGCGUCGCUUUUCUCUCAGACCAUCUUUGUCCCUAUUGAUGUGGUUAGUCAACGAUUAAUGGUGCAAGGCUAUUCAGGGCAUGCAAGGUACACUGGGGGGAUGGACGUUGCUCGUCAGAUACUGAAGACCGAUAGCAUCAGGGGAUUUUAUAGAGGAUUUGGACUUUCUAUUAUGACCUACUCUCCAUCCAGUGCUGUAUGGUGGGCUAGUUAUGGUUCAAGCCAGCGCCUAAUCUGGAGUUUCUUAAACCAUGCCUCAGACGAAGCUCCCCCUAGCGUGGGAAAAAUAAUGUCUGUUCAAGCUACUGGUGGGAUUAUUGCGGGUGCAACAGCUUCCUUCAUAACAACCCCUUUAGACACAAUCAAGACACGCUUACAGGUUGGACAUGAAAAGAGACCUACUACAAGUGAAGUUGUUAAAAGCUUAGUUAGAGAUGAUGGUUGGAAAGGUUUCUACAGAGGAUUAGGUCCAAGAUUUUUCAGCAUGUCUGCAUGGGGCACGUCAAUGAUAUUGGCUUAUGAAUACCUGAAGCGAGUAUGUGCAAAAGAUGAAUAGAUGUCAAUCUUGUCGACAACUUUUUCUUGGGACUAUUUUUGGUUCCCGGGCUGGCUAGUAAUUAGCAAUCAGAAUACUGUUACUUUAAUUUUGAAGACAGAUUCGAGAUUUCUCAAUAUUCAUUAUGGUACUGACUUUCAGGGAGACCUUGUAAUUCUUUGAAGAAUUUUACGUAGAUCCUUAUAUUGCCUGUAGGAUCAAUGAACUGAUUUGAGCUCAGCGACCCACAUUUUUUUCUUCUGUAUCAAGUGUAUCUGAGCAAGAAAUUUUGACUACUGAUAUAGUUAGUUCAUAAUGAAAAUGUUUGAAUAAGUUCAUAA